CUUGACAAUACGUCUUUCAAAAAGCGGCGCGGCUAAUUCAAGAUGGCGGAGAUGGACCAGCUGUUAUACGAGAGCUCUUCAGCUGAGGCACUUGUCAGUCUGAAAGAGGGCAGUCUGUCAAAUACUUUGAAUGAGACGCAAACAAAAGCUCACAACACGAGAGGACGACACACCCUGGUGUCCAUGGAAACGCCGACGCGGAGCUCCAAGAGGAGCAGACUGUUCAGGGAGGAGGAGGAACAGCGCCUCCCAUCCAGAUCCCCUAGAAGGAGCCAAAGGGUCACAUCUGUACCCCAGAAGUUUACUAAUGUGACGACCCCAGAUAAGAAAAUGUCUCAGAGAAUCGGUCUGCGAUUGAGAAACCUCCUCAAACUGCCUAAAGCACACAAAUGGUGCAUCUACGAGUGGUUUUACUCUAACAUAGACAGACCUUUAUUUGAAGGGGACAAUGACUUCUGCCUGUGUCUGAAAGAAUCCUUUCCCAAUCUGAAGACCAGGAAGUUGACCCGUGUGGAGUGGGGGACAAUCAGGAGACUGAUGGGAAAACCCAGACGGUGUUCGUCUGCAUUCUUUUCGGAGGAGCGGACUGCACUGAGACAGAAGAGGCAGAAGAUGCGUCUGCUACAGCAGAGGAAGCUUGCUGACGUGUCACACUGCAAAGACCUCCCCGAUGAGAUUCCCCUGCCGCUUGUCAUAGGAACCAAAGUCACCGCUCGUCUCAGGGGAGGCCAUGACGGCCUGUUCACUGGGCAGAUUGAUGCUGUGGAUACCGGCGCUGCCACCUACCGUGUGACCUUUGACCGGAAUGGGCUGGGCACACACACUGUGCCUGACUACGAAGUGCUGAGUAAAGAGCCUAACGAGACCAUGCCCAUCUCGACCUUCGCCCAGAAACAGAGACCCUCCCGCUUCCAGAACUUCAUGACCCCACCUAGGGGGACUUACCCCUCCGCCACCACACCCGUCCUCAUGGACAAUGACCCCCUCAUCAGCCAGUCUCCAUGGAAAAGCAAAUUCUUUGGAGUGGAAGAGGACACACUCGGUGGAUUCCCUGUGAAGUUCCUCGUUCAAGCGACAAGGCUCUCCAAGAUCCUUAUGAUCAAGAGGGAACACAUCAAGCACUUGAAAGAAAUGAACGCAGAGGCUGAAAAACUGAAGUCAUACUCAAUGCCUAUAGGCCUGGAGUUCCAGAAGCGUUAUGCCACCACAGUACUGAAGCUGGAGCAACUCAAUAAGGACCUAAACAAGGUGCUGCACGAGGUCCAGCAGUUCUGCUGCGAGCUGGCCCCAGAUCAGGGCAUGGCGCUUGCGGACCAGCCCACAGAGCUGCGUCAGCGCUGUGAGGAAGAGGCCAAGGAGAUGGUGCAGCAGACCAACUCCCUCUACGACGACCAGCAGUGUCUCUCUAACCCAAGCCUCAAACACCUCAUCUCAGGUCUCACCGCCUUGUUGCUUCAGAUCAAGUGUCUGGCUGAGGGAGGAGACCUGAACUCCUUCGAAUUUAAAUCGCUUACGGACUCUCUGAAUGACAUUAAGAGCUCAAUAGACCCCUCCAACCUCAGUUGCUUCCAGAACAACGUAGAGAUCCACGUAGCACACAUCCAGAGUGGCCUGAGUCAGCUGGGAAACCUCCAUGCCUUUGCCGCCAACAACACCAACAUGGUCUGAAGCAUGCAUCCUUACCACACACAGAGAGCAGCCUGGUCAGCACCAACUAAGUGGAACAUACACCAUCUUGAAUGACUGUAAAAUAAAAUAUGUAUUUUUUGGAUCCCCUAACAUGUCUUUGAAAAUGAUUUGUUUACUAUAAUGAAAACGGACUAACUUUCAUGUCAAAAAAUGGCCCUGGUCUCUAGACUAGAUUGUGGUCACUGCGAGAAUUCACACGUACAUUUCUUGUUGUAGAUUAUUCUAAGGUGUCGUGCCACACAGUACGUUAAGCAGUUUCUAUAAUAAUCCAUAUUUAUUUUUGAGUGAUAAAAUAAUAUUUACCAUUUGGAGCUUCCCUUUGAGUCAAUGUUUGGUGUUCCUUUACUCCACUGGUAGUAAGCGCACGGGAGGCUAAAGAAUGUUUUGUAAUUUUUUUAAAUUGUAGAUAUGUACAAUACCUUUAUGGUUACUAGGAUUUAUCAUCAACAUUUCUGUAACAUACUCAAAGAUGUUUGUAUUUUUGUAAAAGGAGGAUUGACAGUCUCGAACAGGGCAUUGCUGUUGUUGAAAGCUCACAUCAGGCCUACAUCACUGAUGUAACCGAAAUUCAAAUACAACACUGAGUUGAUAAAGUUUGUUACCAGAAUUUCUCAAUUUCGCCAUUGGUUUUGUAAAUCUGUAUAUGGGAAUCCCCCAUGGCAAUUGUAAAUAUUCCUUGCUGUCAUUUUAUAUUAAACAUAUAGCAAAGCAAACUGAUUUCAUGCUUUUGUGACAAUUUGAUAAGGAUAGGUGAAACAAAUAGUACACAGCACGGGGACAUUAAAUGUCCUAUAUAUUUUAUUUUGCAUGUUUGCAAACG